AUGACCAUUCGCAAAGAGUGGCGCCACCUUGCGAAGUCCGAGCAAGACAAGUUCCUUGAUGCUGUCCAGUGUCUGAUGGAUAGUCCUGCCAAGUCAGGCUUGACCGCUACGACCAGCCGGUUCAGUGAUCUUCAGGCCCUGCACCGUGGUAUGACCAAUACUGCCUUUGCAGACAUUAUCCACCAUGUGGGCCAAUUUCUGCCUUGGCAUCGUUACUACAUGCAUAUCUACGAGAAACUUCUUCGUGACGAAUGUGGAUACACUGGUUCCAUUCCCUGGUGGAACGAGCAAAAGGAUGCAGACAGUGGCGACAUGUGGCAGUCUUCUAUGUGGGGUCCAGACGCCUUUGGGGGAAACGGAACUGGAUCUGGGCUUUGCGUGACAGACGGCCGCUUUUCGAACUAUACACUACACAUUGGUCCAGGCGACGAAGAUACCGACUACUGCCUGCGACGUGCCUGGAACAAUGAAAAGGCCGUUGCUAAUGCGAAUAGCACUGUUAUCGACAUGUGCAGCUCUUACAACACGUAUUCACCUUGGUGGAACUGCGUUUCUAACAUUCCCCACAAAGGUGUUCACACCUACAUUGGCGGUGUUAUGGCCGAUAUUAAAUCCUCUCCAGGUGAUCCGAUCUUCUUUAUGCAUCAUAUGUAUAUUGAUCGCGUCUGGUGGAUGUGGCAAAAGCAGGACCCUGCCAACCGGUUAUACGAUAUCAGCGGCCCUACUGUGAACCACACAGCAAAUGUUGAGCCUGCAGGUGGCUGGCAGAACGCAACACUCCAUUACGAGUUGUCUUCCUUCAACAUCAUGCCGAACACCACAAUCGGGCGGGUCAUGAACCCCCAGGGUGGCUAUCUGUGCUAUGGUUACGACUAA